GGCAAAGCCAACAGCUUGGGCAGCAAGACAAUGGGAGUGAAGGGUCUCUGGGAGCUUUUUGCCCCCGUUGGUCGUCGGGUCUCCGUUGAGACCCUUGCCGGGAAGAAGCUCGCCAUUGAUGCAAGCAUAUGGAUGGUUCAGUUUAUGAAGGCAAUGCGCGAUGAGAAGGGAGAAGUAGUUCACAAUGCUCAUUUGCUCGGCUUCUUUCGCCGGAUUUGCAAGCUCUUGUUUCUGCGGACUAAGCCUGUUUUUGUCUUCGAUGGCGGCACGCCUGUUCUCAAGCGACGUACUGUGAUUGCGCGUCGGAGGCAGCGGGAAAAUGCUCAGGCCAAAGUUCGAAAGACUGCAGAGAAAUUGCUUCUCAAUCAUUUAAAGGCACUGAAGUUGAAAAAACUUUCAGAUGAUGUUAAAAACCAGAGGCUGGAGCAGAACAGUGGUGCUAAGGGUCAGAAAAAAUCUGAUCGGACAGACUUAAUUGGCUGCGAUUUAGGAAGAAACAAUGAAAAAGAACAAGAUAAAAUAUGUGAAGCUGAGGCGGACAAGAAUAUAUCAAAGACUGCUGUAUCAAGAAGUCGCAAUCAGGAGGAUCUUGAUGCAAUGUUGGCGGCGUCUAUUGUUGCAGAGGAAGAUGGAUUAUUAGCUGGCAAAGCACCGCCUGGUAUAGUUAAUCCCUCUGACGGGGAAGGUGAUACAGAUCCAGAAAUAAUAUUGACGGCAUUAGGUACUGAAGUUGAUCUAUCUGUGUUAGCUGCUUUGCCGCAGUCGAUGCAACUUGAUAUUCUCUCUCAGAUUAAAGGGAAAAAAAUAGAAGGCCUACCUAAGGAUUCUGACAACCAGAAACAAUUUGAGGUCAAUGAAAAGGGCAGGGGCAAGGGGAUUCUGUUGCAUGAAAUUGACACAGCUGGAGGUAGCUCAAGCAGUGAUGAUAUGGUGGCAAAGAAAUGCAAUCAGGACAAAGUGGAUGAGAUGUUGGCUGCAUCUAUUUUGGCUGAGGAAAAUGAAAAGUUUGUAAACAAUGCAUCAACGUCUGCUGGAGCUUUCAUCUCCGAGGAAGAGGAUUACGUUAAUGAUGAAGAUGAAGAAAUGAUCUUGCCAGCGAUGCAUGGUAAGGUUGAUCCAGCUGUUCUAGCCUCUUUGCCUCCAUCAAUGCAACUUGACCUCCUUGGUCAGAUGAGAGAGCGACUGAUCGCAGAUAACAGACAGAAGUAUCAGAAAGUCAAGAAGGAUCCUGCAAAAUUCUCUGAAUUGCAAAUACAGGCUUACCUUAAAACUGUUGCUUUCCGUCGGGAGAUAAAUGAAGUGCAGAAAGUAGCUGCAGGGGGAGUGGUAGAUGGUGUACGAACUUCUCGUAUUGCAUCUGAAGCCAACAGAGAGUAUAUAUUUUCAAGAUCUUUUACCGGUGAUAAACAAGGACUUACUUCUACUGGCUUGGAGAAAAAUAAAGACUCUCAUAAAAAGACUCAAGGGAACCAUUUUUCUCAGGGUUUUGUGAAUAGUAGUGAUCCUGCCAACGAAUCUAGUACCUCAAGUGGGUUAGUUUGCAGUGAAGCUGGAAGCCCAUCUGAUGAGAACAUCCAAACUUAUCUGGAUGAUAGGGGCCAAUUUCGUGUUAGUAGACUUAGAGCUAUGGGGAUGCGUAUGACUCGUGACAUACAAAGGAAUUUGGAUCUGAUGAAGGAGAUUGAGCUGGAAAGAACAGUUUCAAAUAAGGCAGCAAAUAAUAAUGCAAUUCUUAGUGGGGAGAAAAAUGUUGCAUCAAAAAGAUCUGUUGGUACGUCUGACAGAUCACAUGUUGACUUAGUUGGAGAUAAUUCUAGAAAUGAACACCCUGCAUUAGCAGGGGAUGCUCCUUUAGAGAUAUCCUUCAUGGAUGAUGGUGAUAACAAGUGCCUUAAUGAUGAUGAAGAUGAUUUAUUUGCUAGUUUAGUAGCAGGUAGUAAUUCAGUAGUAUUUUCUUGUGCUGACAAUAACUCAUUGAAAGGACAAGUUUCUGAUUCUAGUUCUGAUUGUGACUGGGAGGAAGGAACCGUUGAAGGUAAAAAUGAUGUUAAUGUGGAAAUAAAACCAUCUGUUGCUAAAGAUAGUUAUGAUGAUGAGUCUGAUGUAGAAUGGGAGGAUGGAGUUUGUGAUGAUGCUAACACGUGUGCUGCUAAGGAGCAGAAAAAAACAUCUCGAGGUCACUUGGAGGAGGAGGCUGAUUUACAGGAGGCCAUACGGAGAAGUCUAGAGGUCAUGGGGGACCACAAACUUAAUUGCACAUCAUCCAGUCAUAAGCAUUCAAAUGCAGACGAGGACAAAUCAGAUUAUGUAUCAAACCAAGAUGAUAAUUUGGUUGGCCCUGGAGCGAAGGGUAUUUGUGACAAUUUUGGAGUACUGAAUAAAGACAUUGGAAUGGGUGAGUCCACUUUGCAAAGGGAAGGUAACACUGGACACAGUGAAUCAAAUUAUAAAACUAUAAAUGAUAAGAUGGAUAGCACAACGAGAAGUGACAAACAUGUUUCCCAGUCUCCUGAGAGACAGUCAAAGUCAUCUAUGGCGGUUGAUUCCAAGAAGACAGUGUCAUAUAUUAGGAAGCCUCAUUCGACGGAGAUAGGAUCACAUGCUGAAGAUUUGUUGUACACUGCAAAUGACAGCACGAGGAAUGAGAUUCAUAUGGCUGCAGAGCAACUCACAGGUACCUUAAAUGAAGAUGGCGAGGUGUCUACCAAUGGUAACAGAUCUCUUGUAGCUGACUCCCUUGGUGCUUCGGAAGAGGAGAAAAAGAACUGCAGUCAUGUAGCUGAACCUUUUGGUAAUUACUCUGAGAUGCCUGAGCCUGUUGCUCCUUUUGUGGGUUCCUCCUUGGAAGGAUUAACAGAAGACCUUGACACUCAGUCAGAGUUACCUAGAGAGGAGAAUUGUGGAAGCUUUGAGAAAAGGAGGAGUAACCUUGGUAAAGAUGCAAUAGAGCCCCCAGGUUUUUUGUCUGCCAAAGACCUUGAAACUCAGUCAGAGUUGCCUAGAGAGGAUAAACAUGGAAGCUUUGAGGAAAACAAGAAUAACCUUGUUGAAGAUGCAAUGAAAGCCCCAGGUCAUUUGUCUGCAGAUGCAGUUGAGCGUGGUUUGGAGGAAGAAAUCCGAGUUCUUGGUCAAGAAUAUGCCAACCUAGAAUAUGAGCAGAGGAAGCUUGAACGCAAUGCAGAAUCUGUUAACAAUGAGUUAUUCACUGAAUGUCAGGAACUAUUGCAAAUGUUUGGCUUGCCAUACAUUAUCGCUCCAAUGGAAGCAGAAGCACAAUGUGCUUAUUUGGAACUUGCAAAACUGGUGGAUGGUGUUGUGACUGAUGACUCUGAUGUCUUUUUAUUUGGGGCACGGAGUGUCUACAAGAAUAUAUUUGAUGAUCGCAAAUAUGUAGAGACAUACUUCAUGGAGGACGUUGAGAAGGAGCUUGGAUUGACGAGAGAAAAAUUAAUCCGCAUGGCUUUGCUUCUAGGGAGUGAUUAUACUGAAGGUGUAAGUGGAAUUGGAAUUGUAAAUGCUAUUGAGGUUGUAAAUGCAUUCCCGGAGGAAGAUGGCCUUCUGAAAUUCCGGCAGUGGGUUGAGUCACCGGACCCUACAAUCUUUGGAAGGAAUGAAACAAAAAGCAGAUCCAGCACCCGAAAGAAAGGGUCAAAAGUUGAAGAAAACGUUAUUGGCACAAAUUGCAAUAAAGAGACUAUGGUGGAUCAAAACGUUUCCCUUGCUCAGGAACAUGAUUCAUCGGAUGAAGUGCAAGAAAUCAAGCAGAUUUUUAUGAGCAAACAUAGAAAUGUGAGCAAGAAUUGGCACAUCCCUUCUUCUUUUCCAAGUGAAACAGUUAUAUCUGCCUACUCCUGUCCACAAGUGGACAAGUCAACUGAUCCAUUUUCCUGGGGAAAGCCGGAUCAUCUUGUUCUUCGCAAAUUAUGCUGGGAGAAGUUUGGCUGGACUAGUCAGAAAGCAGAUGAGUUGCUUUUACCAGUUUUAAAGGAAUAUAACAAAAAUGAGACUCAACUGCGGUUGGAAGCAUUUUAUACUUUCAAUGAAAGAUUUGCAAAAAUUCGCAGUAAGAGGAUUAAGAAAGCUGUGAAAGGAAUCACUGGCAAUCACUAUUCAGAGUUUACAAAUGAGUCUGGAGAGGACUUGUCUAAGAGUAGGAAGAAUGAGACAGGAAUUCCUGCUGAACUUGGGAUUAGCAAAUCAGAAACUUUUAAGGGAACGAGAGAAAGCCCUGCUGACAAGAAGCCAGUAAAUUUAAAACAGUCAAGGAAAAGGAAGAAUUUUGGAGAUACUGUUGCCAAGACACAGUCAAGGAAAAAGGGUAAAUUAAAUGCUCCUGCCUCACCUUCUGGUCUGCCUGAGGUAGUUGUGCAGACAGGUGAAGAGCCUGAAAAAGGUAGAAGUAGAAGCAGCAAAGGCAGAGAAAAAGGUGGAAGGGUUCCAAGAGGAAGGAGGAAGAGAAGUCUUGGUAUUGAUUCACGUAAAAUUACAUCUAGUGACAGUGACAGUGAUGACCAUGAGCCUGAAGUGCAUGGUAAAAACUCAAGAGGGACAGAAGAGAUCCGAAGGUCUAUGCGUCCUCGGAAGAUUAUUAACUAUUCCACAGACAACAUUGAAGUUGAAGAUCCUGUUAUCUCAUCUGAUCAGAGCAAUAAGACAGACUUGAAUGGAGAGAAAAUAGAUGAAAUAUUUUCUGGGCUGCAUAGCACAUCUGAUCAGAGCAAUAAGACAGACUUGAAUGGAGAGAAAAUAGAUGAAAUAUUUUCUGGGCUGCAUGGUGUUUGUGCCAAUGCUGACUCUGGUUUCAGCAGACAUAAGGAAAGCACAAUAAAUUUUUCCCCGAAGAAGGAUUUGUCUAGAAGCUAUCUGGAAUCUGGAGGGGGUUUCUGUACUGAUGAAGAAAAAGCUAGUCAUGCAGGAACGAGCAAUUGUGAUAGCUCUCGUGAUGCAGACUACCUUAAAGUGGGAGGUGGAUUUUGCCUGGAUGAGGAUGAGACAGGUGGCAAGCAUAAUGAAAUUCGUGACGGCGCCUACCUUAGAGUGGGAGGUGGAUUUUGCCUAGAUGAGGAUGAGACAGGUAGCAAACAUGAUGAAAUUCAUGACGAUGCAGCAACUAUAGUAGAGGAUAGUGCAGACCUUACUCCUGGUUGUUCUGGUUUUGCAGAUGAGGCUGAAUGUGGUAAAAAUACUGCUUAUCAAUCAAGUUCGGUUAAGAAAAUAUCUGGAAUGGAGCUUCAAGAUAGAGAGAACACUAAACACAAGAGUGAGAUGAAUGAUGACUCUGUGAAUACUAGAGGUAAUUAUGAUCGGUCUGAGUCUGACACUGGGGUUUGGAUAUCAGAGAAUGCUCAUGGCGAUACUGAGAAUGCUGCAGCAGCAUUUAGUGCGAUGCCUUUUCUAAGAAAGAAAAAGAGGAAGAGCUGAGGCACGUCCGAAAGGGUAAUUUUGUGUUUGUAAGACCAUACUCUGCUCUACAAGUUGUGGAUUUUAUGUUGGUGAUUUGGCUGGAUGAAAACCCUCUUGCCUGUAGGAUUAACCCUUUUGGAGAGCCAUACACAGCGAAGAUAAGUGAGUGUACAAAUAGUGUUUUGUAUGAAAAUUAAAGUGAGUCAUAUUGUAUAUGAUAUAUAAGCAGCGUGACUUAUAGUUUAUUGUAUGUAGAUUUUAUGGAUAUCAUGACUUUCUAUACGGUAUUAUAUGUAAUCUUUUUUUAGGCCAAAGAUUAUAUGUAAUCAGUCAAUAAUUUUCCACCAAAA